CUUGUUUUCAUCGGUGAGAUAGAUGGAGAAAGAGAAAGAAGAUGCAUCCCGCAUAACAGUUCCUAUCACCAAUCCAUCAAUCCAGGACAACAUAUCAAGACCACUGUAUCCAACUUUUUCAAAUUACAUGCCAAGUUACUACGAUCCAAUGUCUCAUGCGUGGUUACCACCUUUUGUGCCUCCUCCAAAUGCCAACCCAUAUCUAUGGAGCAACCAGCAACACCCAUGGAGCUCUACUGCCGCUGCAACGUCAAGUACUACUGCCCUAAGUAGUUCUGCUGCCUUGUAUAGUUCUGUCAUGCCAAUGAUGGGACCUCUUCUAAAUACGUACCCAUAUCCAUGGAACAACCAGCAACACCCAUGGAUCUCUACUUCUACUCCCAUGUCUAGUUCUGCAAGUAGUGUCAGCUCUAGUGUAGCUGCGAGUUCUAGUGUACAGAGCAGCGCUAGCGUCGCUUCAAGCUCUUGUUCAGCUUUACCAGCAUUUGUUCCUCCAACUUCUACCAACCCAUAUCCAUGUGACAGUGUGGUGAUGUUUUUGAUUCUCCACAUGCAGUUUCUUUUACAUUAUCUAGAACAUACUUUUUCAUGCCAUACUUUUUUCUCCUAAUUUACAGGAAAAUAAAGUGCAGCAAAGUAACUCUAUUGAAGAAAUUAGUGAGGCCACAUCAGACUCAAUAGAAGUUGAAGCGCAAUCUACUGCCUCUUUGGGUAAUACAGCUGAUACCAAAGAGGCUAGCACUGAUGGGGGUGAUACCACUGAGGAGCCAAAGCUAGGGAUGACUUUUGAGUCGGAGAAUGAGUUGAUUAAUUACUAUAAACAUUACGGAAAACGAUGUGGUUUUGGCGUAAUGACACAAAGGAGUAAAAGGGAGAAAGAUGAGACUGUGAAAUAUGUCACUGUGGGAUGUGCUCGGGGUGGCAAGGCACGAAAUAGGGCGUCAAACGUCUCCAAGCCUCGGCCAACAAGCAAGACAGACUACAAGGUAAGGAUGAAUGUCAUGUUAAAGGAUGGGAAGCUGUGUGUCACAUCCGUAUUUAACACACACAAUCAUGGGCUUAGUCCAAGAAAAUCCAGAUUUUUCAGAUGCAACAGAGAAGUUAAUGAGUCUGUUAAGAGGGUGUUGGAUACUAAUGAUGAGGCUGGUAUACGGAUGAAUAAAAGUUUCCAUGCUCUUGUGACUGAGGUGGGUGGGUUUGAGAACGUACCAUUUGGAGAAAAAGAUUGUCGUAAUUAUAUUGACAAGGCACGACACUUGCGCCUUGGUAAAGGUGGUGCUCAAGCGCUGUUUGAGUAUUUUAGAAAGAUGCAAUUCAAGAAUGAUGGUUUUUUCAGCCUCAUAGAAUUGGAUGAUGAUGAUAGACUGAAAAGUGUACUUUGGGCGGACGCCCGUAGUAGAGGGGCCUACAACUACUUUGGAGAUGUAGUAACAUUCGAUACCACAUACCUGACAAAUAGGUAUGGAAUGCCAUUUGCACCUUUUGUGGGUGUAAACCAUCAUGGACAGUCAAUCCUUUUGGGUGCAGGCCUUAUUUCAAGUGAGGAUACAGAAUCGUUUGUUUGGUUAUUUAAAACUUGGCUUGAUUGCAUGGAUGGAAAAGCGCCGAAUACUAUCAUAACAGAUCAAGAUCGCGCAAUGAAAAAUGCGAUAGCUAUUGUCUUUCCCAACACGCGGCAUAGAUAUUGCUUGUGGCACAUAUUGCGAAAGGUGCCUGAGAAGCUUGGUUCCCAUGCUCAAUACAAAUGUGGCCUGAAAAGUAAGCUACUAUCUUGUGUCUAUGACUCUCUUACAAUCGAGGAGUUUGAGAAUUCUUGGAACAGCCUGAAGGAUACUUUCAAUUUACAUGAAAAUGCAUGGUUGCAAAACUUAUAUGCGGAAAGAGAGUUUUGGGUGCCGGUAUAUUUAAAGAACUCGUUUUGGGCUGGAAUGAGUACAACUUAACGCAGUGAGAGUAUGAAUGCUUUCUUUGAUGGUUACGUGCAUGCCAGGACAAACCUUAAAGAGUUUGUUGAUCAGUUCGACAAUGCAUUGAAGAAAAAAAUUGAGAACGAAAACCAAGCUGACUUCAAUUCAUUUAACUUCACGGUUCCUUGCAUAUCACACUUGGCUUUUGAGAAGAAGUUUCAAGAUGUAUACACAAAUUCAAAAUUUAGGGAGGUUCAACAAGAGAUAAUGGGAAUGAUAUAUUGUCAUUAUCGUUUCGAGAAAAUGGAUGGAGUAAUCGCAACUUACUCGGUCGAUGAUCAAGUUAAGGCUGAAGAUUUCAUCAAGGAGGUUACUUACACUCUUUACUUUAAUGAGACCGAAUGUGAGGCGAAGUGUGUUUGUGGGUUGUUUGAGAUGCGAGGGAUCAUUUGUAGACAUAUUCUUGCCAUCUUUUCAGCUAAGAAAGUUCGUGAGUUGCCGGAAAAGUACAUAUUGGACCGGUGGAGAAAAGACAUAAAACGUAAGUAUACGUUUAUUUCGAGAAGUUAUGACAUUGCUGAUCAGAGACCCGAAACUGUUAGGUAUAAACGUAUAUUGAAAACUUUCAAUGAGGUAGUAACAAAUGCAGUUUCGUGCGAUGGGCAUACUGAGGAAAUGAUUUCGAAGUUAUAUGCGAUGAAUGAGGUAUGGCGCACUUCGAACCCCAAGGACAUAGAUUCUAAUGUUGGAGGAAGUACCGUGAAUGCAGCCACAGAAGGAAGUUCCAAAAAGGUGCUAAGUCCCAUGUUGUCAGAGGCAAGGGAAGACCCCCGUGUAAGAGGAGGAUGUCAACGAUGGAGGAACAAUUGAAGAAAAUUAAAACUAAGGCUGUGAAUAAGAAAAAAGAUAAGGAAAAAAAUAGACCGAGGCGUAGAUUGGAUACUGAACUAUUGGAAAGUAGUGGAAACCAACUCGGGAUAUCGGAAAUGAGGGUGCAAGAAAAUGUACAAACUUCCAUAAUGGUGGAUCAAGAAAGUGGACAACAAACUCCAGUGAUAGGGACAC